AUAGCAUUAAAACAGUCGUGGAUACGGACUAAAUUAUACGUGUUUUUGUGUUGAUUCAUUAUGGCAAGUAAUUUCGGGCUACAUUGUAGAUACUACGCGGGUAAAACCCUAGAAUGGAUGGUAAAUAAUAAGAUGAUAGUAUUCCUUGGAUUACUCUCUUUUUGUUUGUUCGUAUCAACGUUGGCGAUGGCGGGGCAACGGAACAGAGCCCUAGCUCAAGUGGAAGAACUUAAAACUAGUACAGUUGCCCCGACUACCGAAAAAUCACCUGAAACAACAACGAAUCCAGUUACUGAUACAACAAAUGCACCAGCAACUAAUGUACCAGCAACUGAUGUACCAACAACUGAUGCACCAGCAUCUGAUGUACCAGAUCCAUUACCUGAAGGUGAUGGUAAUCAAGGAAAUGCAAGUAAUGAGUCGGAUAAGGGUGAUAAAAAUAAAGAUACUAAUCUUGCUAGCAGAUGGCUCAAACUACGAGGUAUAGCAUAGGGCAAUGACACAUUAAUGUAAGUCAAGAUAACUCAAGAACAUCAUUCUGCACGUCCGCGUCCUAGUGCCAUUUUGUAUGUGACUUAAUACUUAUAGUUAAUGAAAUAAUGUGUUCAGCUAGUGAUUUUUGUAUAAGGAAUUUCAAUUUUAAAAACAAUGUCUUCUUUGUGUUAAUGUGAAGUGACGUUAGCAUCAAUUCAGCUUAAUUAGCCGCUCUUUUUACUAUUUCGAUUAUUAUGAGAGCCACGAUAACCAAAAUAUACAUUUUGAAAUACUUUCAAAAUGUAUAAUUGUUCUGUACUGUGUUGCUAAAUUAUAGCUCAAAGGCUGAGUUGCACCUCUUUAUUUUAACGGUAACAAUGACAAUAACCGGUGCUUUUUGUAUGGAAUUUGACAGAUUUUUGGCGUUUGUCAAAGUUAAAGUAAGAUGGUCCAACUCAGCCUAAUCGUACGCUGAAAAAUAAGUAUUAACAAAUGUUUUUUAGAAAACCUCUAAUUAUUUUUACUUUCAAUGUCUUAAAAUUAAAUUAUAUGCAUUGUGAAAAUCUGUUUUUUUUUUUUCAAACAUUGACAUGAAAUUAGUGAUAACUAACUACCAUUUUUGACGUUUUUUGAUCAAAAUCAUUAUAGCUAUUGUUAAAGAUGAAAUACCUUACUUUAAUAUACGGAACAUAAUUUAAAAGUUGGAAGAAUACAAUAUUAUGUAUUGUACGUACAGGUAGACUAAUAGUAGUAAUUACUUUUUUAUUAUUCAAAUACUAAUUAUUCAAUUUUCAAAAAAUUGUAGAUAACAUAUUGCAACAUAUUAUUUAAAUUCUUUGUUCUUUCAUUGUUAAUCGGUUUUAAAACGUACAAGGAAGUCAAUAAUAGACAUAUUGAUAAGAUAAGAGCCGUCAACCUAGAAAAAUCGAUUUGCAAAUAAACAUUAUGUCUAUUUAAAGUAUGUUAUUUACUUUUACGUACAACAAAUUUUUUGCCGGACUAUUGUAUAAGUAUAUUUUAUGCGGAUUACUAGCUUGAACUUUGUGUAAAAUUAUUUUUAAUUGUAUGUAGGUACCUAUACGUUAAGCUAUGUAGUUAAGUACGGAUGACAAUACGCGUGUUACAUACUUAGUUCUAAUUAGGUGUUAUUUUGCAAAAAAAUGUGUAGUCUCCCGUCGACUGUACAAAAGAUUUUUUUAGAUCUUAGGGCGCUUCAAAUUAGGCGUUUUGAAACGGACGUUAGUCGUGCGUUUGCAAGACCGCACACUCUAUUGGUAAAUUAAAUUAGUCAUUUUUAUCCCAAGGCAGUUAUCAUACAAUUUUCAGUGUGCGCUCCUGCAAACGGACGACAAACUUAACGUCUGUCUCAAAAGGUCUAAUUUGAAAAGGCUCUUAAUUUGGGUCCAAAUUCAUAAGAUUCGAGAUCCAAUUUUCAUAGAAAAAAUUGUGAGAGGGCUGGAUACCUAUUUUAGUUUGUGAAUUUAUUCCAUUUUCGUAAUAAAACAUGCAUUUUAUACAAAAAAGUUUCUUUA